CUGGUAUCUGUGCCUGUUUCAGUUUGAGUGCCCCAGGGCCCCUUCACAGAUCUGUUGUCGUUGGAUUAUCGUGCAACCUCUUGGUUCCCGUGCCUGCCGCCGUCUGCCGCCGCCUGCUGCUGCUCUGCUCCAGCGUCCGAGCUGCACUCGCGGGUGCCGACUGUGUCCGUCCUCUUGGUCGGCUCUUUAUGACGCUGCAGAUUUGAGUCGGACCUGUCCUUUUACAGGAGGAGUGCUCAAAAAUAGUCAAAACAUAAUUUGGGGACGAUGUUUUCAAUUUUUCGCCCCAAAUCCUCCUGUAUAGGGGGACAGGCCCGACCUAACUACAGAUGGUGCGUCGUCCCACUGCUCCACGGUGUGGUCGUUGAUUCAUCUUGCAGGCGACACGGCAGGCUGUACUCUGGGCAGGAUGACGCCGCGGUCAACGACCUGAGCCAGAUCAUGCGCCCCCAUCUGAGGUCUGGCACCACCUUCGUGUCGUCCAAGGGCUCUCCCCUCCACGCCGCCUACGCGGGGUCGACGCACCUCUACGACUCCAGCACCUCGUACUCGGUCCGCUCGUGCUGAAGGAGCACCGCGACCUGCGGAGGAGGCUGCGCAGGGAAACAUGAGGAUCGACGGUGGCGGAUGGUCCUGAAUGGGGGCGGCUGGCCCCCCGCGGCUCGCCGAGCCUGCGCCCUGACGCGGGCGCACCGCGCCCUCCCUUGUACUUGUUUCACCCUGUUGUUUCGGAUGCAGCUCCUGGGAGGUCACAUUCUGAUUUUGCCCUGGUCCGAGUCAGGAGGCUCCCCCACUGGGGCGUGAUCCUCCUUACUCCUUCCGGCGAAGACCUCCCAGCAGUUGCCUCCUAAGUUUGUCCGCGGAGUGAGUUUCCGCAUGCUGCCGCCACUGCUUGAUCCAGGCUGAGCCCUCCUCUUCCUGCUGUCUACUUGUCGCGUCGCGCGGCGCGAAGCGUGAAGAUAGGCGGCCUGGCUUCCUCCCUCCCGCCCUCCUCCCCUUCCCCUCUCCGUGUUACCUCUCUCUUCAGUUCCCCCCCCCCCCCUGCGCUUGAGCGUGCGGGAUUCGAUUAUGCCUGCACCGCGGAGUAGGGCUAAUUAGGUAAAGGUUCCUGCCGGCGAUCGCCGUAAACCUUUGAACCGACUUGUGGGCACGCUGGAAUACCGUGCUAGCCUGCUGAAAAA